UAUUUACUAUCAGUUUCAAACUGCAUUUAAUACACGCUGCACUUCAGUCAUUAUUUUAGUGAUUGAUUAUUUUUUUUUUCAUAAAAUUUUAAUCACUCAGUUAACAGAACCAUGUUAAUCAUUUUAUUAGGAUUACUCAUCAACAUUUUAGCAGUUUUAUCACAAUCUCCUCCUGAAUAUGUGAAACAAUGUUCAAGGAGUGAUCCUCACUUAAAAGCAUGUCUUAUUAAUGCUUUGCAUCACCUUCGACCCUACCUUAAAAAUGGCAUACCAGAAAUAAAACUACCUGCUGUAGAGCCUUUUCGAAUGGACGAACUUAUGCUCUCUCUAACAGGUGGCACGAACGGAUAUAGAGUACGUCUGACCGAGCUAUUUGUGAGGGGUGCAAGUAAUUAUACGGUUGAAGAUAUCCAACUUGGUUCAUCAUUUCGAGCUGUUAUCAAAAUGCCUGUUUUGUUCCUGAAUGCUCAGUACUCAAGUGCAGGUGUUCUGUUCAUUUUACCUGCUAGCAGCAAUGGUACUUUUUUUGCUAAAUUUGAAGAUGCUGAAGCUAAUGUACGAGGAUCUGUGUCGACCUCUAUCAGAGAUGAAAAGACUUAUCUCCAUGUUGAUACCCUGGAUGUUCAACUUGGCGUGAAAAAGGUUUCAAUGCGAGUACGCAAAAGUACAAGCUUCAAUCGCAUAAUAAAUGAAGCUACAAAUUUAUUCCUUCGUGAUAAUGGGCAGGAAGUGUUAAAAGCUAUGGAGCCACAGCUCAAGAAAAAACUCUCGACUCUUUUUGCCGGAAUUGUCAAUCAAUUAUUACUUCAUGUACCGGUUGAAACAUUUUUAUUACCAUAAUUUAAUCUAAUAGUAAUGUUGUCGAUAUUAUAGUAAUCAUUAUUUGUUGUUGUUAUUAGUUUUGUUUGAUAAUUAUGUAUUGUUAUCGUCUUUGUAUUUUAGCAAUUUUAUUUUAAUGAUUCCAUAUAUCAAUGUUUCCAUGCUUAAGAAGAACAAGUUUACCUUCAAAAUCGUCAUGUUUCUUCUUGUUCUAUUUAUGUGUUAGAAAUAAAUUUAUA